ACACAGGAUUCCUUGGUUCCAGAGAAACAGAAAAGUCUGUGUUUCUUUGUACUUGUUUUUACAUCCGUUCUGGUUAUGCAACAUGAUUUUUGAGCUUAUAAUAGCUGGUUUUGCCAUUCUUCUGCUUACAGUCUUCAUCUUAACCAAUAAAGGGCAUGGCUCCCUUCCUCCUGGUCCAAUGCCCAUACCAAUCAUUGGUCAUCUCCAUCUUCUUCAGCCCCUAAUUCACUGUUCUUUUCGUGAUUUAUGUUCUCGUUAUGGUCCCUUAAUCUAUCUCCGCCUUGGUUCUGUCCCUUGUGUUGUGGCUUCCACACCAGAACUCGCUAGAGAACUCCUCAAGACAAACGACCUCACCUUCUCUUCCCGCAAGCAUUCUUUAGCCAUUGAUCACCUUACCUAUAGCUCUUCUUUUGCCUUUGCACCCUAUGGACCUUAUUGGAGAUUCAUCAAAAAGUUGAGCACGUUCGAGUUCUUGGGUAACCGGGCACUUAACCAAUUUCUCCCUGUACGAAGAAAGGAACUGCGCCAAUUCAUUGGGGUUCUACACGACAAGUCUAAAGCUUGUGAGAGUGUUAAUGUCACUAAAGAGUUGCUAAAUUUAUCAAGCAACAUAAUCUCACAAAUUAUACUAAGUCUCAGGUGUUCAGGGACUGAUAACGAGGCUGAAGGUGUUAGAACUUUGGUGCGUGAGGUGACACAAAUCUUUGGAGAGUUUAAUGUCUCCGAUUUCAUUUGGUUUUGCAGGAACUUGGACUUUCAGGGGUAUAGAAAGAAAUUUGAGGAUGUCCAUAGAAGGUAUGAUGCAUUGUUGGAGAAUAUUAUCACAAACCGCGAGAUAGAAAGAAAGAAAAGUGGAGGAGAAUACAAGGUUAAAGAUCUUUUGGACAUGAUGCUUGAUGCAUUUGAAGAUAAAAGCACCGAGGUAGAGCUAACUAGAGAGCACAUUAAAGCCUUGGUUUUGGAUUUCAUAACAGCUGCAACGGAUACAACAGCAGCUGCAACUGAAUGGGCACUAGCAGAGCUCAUAAACAAUCCAAAGGUACUCGAGAAGGCACGGCAGGAGAUUGAUACAGUCGUCGGAAACAAGAGGCUAGUAGAAGAAUCAGACUCUCCAAAUCUUCCUUAUAUCCAGGCCAUCAUCAAGGAAACUUUUAGGCUUCACCCACCAAUUCCAAUGAUUGCAAGAAAAUCAAUUCAAGAAAGCAAGAUCAAUGGAUACAUAAUCCCCAAAAACACAUUGUUAUUUGUGAACAUUUGGUCUAUUGGAAGAGACUCAAGGUACUGGAAAAACCCAUUAGAAUUUGAACCUGAACGGUUUCUAAAAUCUGAAGGGGAUAUUGAAGGGGAUAUGGUUCAAUCCACUGCCUCGAUGGACAUUAAAGGGCAACAUUAUGAGCUGUUGCCUUUUGGUACUGGCAGAAGAAGCUGCCCUGGCAUUGCUUUGGCUUUGCUGGAACUACCUGUGACUUUGGCUGCCAUGAUCCAAUGUUUCGAGUGGAAAGUGGCUGACCCAGAUGGUGUGAAAAUCAAGGGCAAUGCUCUUGUUGAUAUGACCGAAAGGCCUGGCUUAACAGCUCCAAGGUUCCAUGACCUUGUUUGCGCACCAGAACCACGUCCGGCACUCUAUAGCUUCCAACCAUAAGUGGUGUGGGACAUGCCAGAUCGAUCUAUUUGUUAACAUAAAUUCUUUACUUGAUUUGAAGCGCCUCCAGUGAUAUCCACCCUACCAACCUUUCUCAUCUGGUUGCAGUAAUCCACAAACCACUAGGACAGAAGCGUGGCGGGUUAUCAAUAGCAAGUGUUCCCCUGUUUUCAAGCCUCUCUAGAAAAGACUGCCGUGACGACUGGCUACCUCCUCUUAUUUCCUUUAAUGAUGGCACGUCGAUCGUCGAUUUGUAUCACUAUCUUCUUUCUUCAUGAAGCCCUUGCUUCCUUGUGUUUCAACUCCAUCGGUUAUGAAUGAAUGAUUGCAUGUAUUCCUUCCAUGAUU